GGCGGCUGGCUAGUUGCGGAGGUAGAAACCCCUGCUGCAGGGCGUGGGGUCGACCUCCAAGUUCAGGCGCGAGAGCGCGCGCUGGCGCGGAUGUGGACUCGGAAUUUCAAGGUACCGCAUUAACUACGUCUGUUAAAGUCAAAUGAGGAGUUAAGGGGGGCUUGAGGAAAUACUGGUAAUCCCAGAAAAGGCAUGGCACGUCCAGUUCUCCAAGUUUUUGUAAAAGAAGAGUGGGAAAGCGCCACCAUCCCGACUCUUUAGCCGAGGAAUCGGCGAGUCUCCCAGCCCCACCCCUGCAGCAGUGAUGCAAAGAAGACAAUCACCGACGUAGAGAGGAGGGAAAAAAGAAGAAGAAGAAGAAGAAACCCCCGGGAGUGGGGAGGAGAGAGGGGAGAGAAUAGGCCCGGAGCAGUCUCCAAUCACUGGGACGAGAGGGAGCGCCUUCUGGGGAAACGAACCCCACAUAAAUAAUUGAGUUUGGAGCCCAGUGCUUUCAGAGGCUCGGAGCGCACCUCCUGAGCGUCUUCCGAGUUGAGAAAAAGGCGGAGCAGGGCAAGGGGCCGGCGACGGGACCGAGAGCAGCUCAGUUGGCGGUGGGACGCUGUGCCUGCAGACGUUCGCAAGAGGGCCAGCAGAGCCCAGCGCGCCCCGAAGGCCAGGAGCCCUCGCCAGCGGAGGUGGGAAGAGAGCUGGCCUCCUGAGGAGGCGCUGCAUGGGCACCAUGCGUAUCUCCGGAGGCCCCACCGCGGUGCCCGCGGACAACUCCAGCCAGUGGUGGCCUCUGUCCGCUGGGGGUGCCAACCGCAGCCGGGAAGCAGAGGCGCUCGGGGAAGGCCGCAGCCCGCCGGGGGACGUGCGCGACGAGGAGCUGGCCAAGGUGGAGAUCGCCGUGCUGGCUGUGACUUUCGUGGUGGCCGUGCUAGGUAACAGCAGUGUGUUGGUGGCGCUGCACCGCACGCCUCGCAAGACGUCCCGCAUGCACCUCUUCAUCCGUCACCUCAGCCUAGCCGACCUGGCUGUCGCUUUCUUCCAGAUGCUGCCGCAGAUGUGCUGGGAUAUCACCUACCGUUUCCGCGGACCCGACGUACUGUGCCGCGUGGUGAAGCAUCUGCAGGUGUUUGGCAUGUUCGUAUCGCCCUACAUGCUGGUGGUCAUGACCGCCGACCGCUACAUUGCCGUGUGCCACCCGCUGAAGACGCUGCAACAGCCAACGCGCCGCUCGCGCCUCAUGAUCGCUGCUGCCUGGGUGCUGAGCUUCGUGCUUAGCACGCCUCAGUACUUCGUCUUCUCCAUGGUCGAGGUGGACAACGUCACCAAGACCAUUGACUGCUGGGCCACCUUCAUCCAGCCCUGGGGUCCCCGCGCCUAUGUGACUUGGAUGACGGGUGGCAUCUUCGUGGCGCCCGUGGUCAUCCUGGGCACCUGCUACGGCUUCAUCUGCUACCACAUCUGGAGCAAUGUCCGCGGAAAGACGGCUUUGCGCCCGGGGAAGCGCGCGGAGGGCGCGGGUCGCGCCUUGCAUAAGGGGUUCCUGCUCGCGCCGUCUAUCAGCAGCGUGAAAGCCAUUUCCCGUGCCAAGAUCCGCACCGUGAAGAUGACUUUUGUGAUCGUGACAGUUUACAUCGUUUGCUGGGCGCCCUUCUUCAUCCUCCAGAUGUGGUCUGUCUGGGAUGACAAACUUGUCUGGGUCGAAUCGGAAAACCCAGCCAUCACCAUCACUGCGCUAAUGGCCUCCCUGAAUAGUUGUUGCAAUCCCUGGAUCUACAUGUUUUUCAGCGGCCAUCUCCUGCAAGACUGUGUCCGGAGUUUCUCAUGCUGCCAAAGCAUGAAGCAAACAUUCAACAAAGAAGAUUCUGACAGUGUGAGCAGAAGACAGACUUCUUACACUAACAACCGAAGCCCAACCAACAGUAUGGGUACAUGGAAGGACUCGCCUAAAUGUUCCCAGUCCAUCAAAUUCAUUCCUGUUUCCACCUGAGCCCACAUUCACGCAGCCUGACUCUUGUAACUGACUUUUGGGUCCACUGGCUGAAUCCAGCUAGAAAUCAGAACAAAUGAACUUAUAAGUGAUAAGUGUAAAUCGAUGUGUUGAGGACAAGACUGGGUUUCUAGUUGCAUUUUCACACUGCUAUGACCAAAAGUUAUGAAUUAUUUUAUACGGGAUGCUAAUUAAAAACAAACAAACAAAAAAAAAAAACCAUGCUACACUAAAAUUUGCAGGCCUAAUUCCCAGGAAUAGAAGUUACAUUUCUAAAGGAAAAAUCAUAACCACCCUGGCUUUACAUUCUGUUGUCGGUUUCCUCUCUUUUCUUUUAUUACGGACGUAACUAAGGCUUGAUUGAUUUAGAAGUCAUACAAUGUCGGGGCAUUAUUUCUGAACAAAGUGAGCUCAUCAUCUGUCUUAGUGUUUGAAAGGAAUUAGAAGAAACUUGAGAGAAAUUGUUUCCAUCCAAUAAAAAUGAGUUUAUGCAUCUGAAAAUGCAGCCUCACACGAUGGCCUGGAGAUGGGAAGGUGCCUUGGACAAGCAUGAGCACUUGGGGCAUAUGGAGCAGGGGAUGCCUGAUUCAUAGCAGAAAGAGGAGAGUUCUGUUCAAUGCUGUAAAUCACCUAAAUUUCAAAAUGAUAACUUUAGAACUGGCAUUUCCCUCCUUGUUUUAGGUUCCUCGUGUUUUACGGGUUGUUGAAAGCACAAUUACUAAGAUGCUGAAGGGUAGAGAAGAUAUUGUCAAAUGGCCAAUAAAACCUUUAUUCUCCCCCUGCAAGGCCACUUUAAAGUCAGAUUUGUAUAAGGAAUAUCCGAUUUUAUUAGAAGAGUAGAAAUGGAUUAUACAAGGUACUAUGUAGACUUUCUCUAGAACAUUGUAAAUAUGUUUUGACCAGUGUUAUAAGGUGUCCUGUGUUAUGCUGGUUCAUGUGUGGGGUGUCCAGAUUAUUACUUCAUGUUUGGGGUGUCCAGAUUUAUAAAUAAGAGAAUCUUCUAAAGAGUGACUCACAUCUGGGUGGCUCAGUCGGUUAAGCGUCUGGCUCUUGGUUUCUGCUGGGGUCAUGAUCUCGGGGUCCUGAGAUUGAGCCCUAUGUGGGGCUCCACACCCAGCACAGAGUCUGCUUGUCCCUCUCCCUCAACUACACACCCCCCUUUGCUCUCUUGAAUAAAUAAAUAAAUAAUCUUAAAAAGAG